UCAAUAUACACAUUUCUCUCCCUAGUUAGCUCAACUGACGCUACAUGUACACGGCGCCGGCCGGUACGCCUCCAUGACCGCCAUGCGCCGGCGAUCCCCGCCGGCGUGGUCGUAUCGGCGCAUACACAUCCUGUUCCUCCUGCUACUGGCCACUUCGUCAUCCUCCGCCUCGGCCGCUAACUUCACCUGCACCACCGUGCAGGCGGCGUGCCAGUCCGCCAUCGGGUACACGACCCGCAACGCCACCACCUACGCCGAGCUCCUCUCCCUCUUCAACACCUCCACCCUCGCCGAGCUCCUCCGCGCCAACGGCCUCCCUCCCACCGCUAUGCCGCCUGACACGGCCAUCCCCGCCGCGGCCACCGUCACCGUCCCCUUCCGCUGCCUCUGUAAUGUUGCCACCAGAGUCGGCCGGUCAGACUACCGGCCCAUCUACCUUGUUGGGUCGCAGGACGGGCUCGACGCGAUCGCGCGCAAGGUGUUCGACGGCUUCGUGACGUACCAGGAGAUCGCGGACGCGAGCAACAUCCCCGAUCCCAAUAAGAUAUUCGUCGGGCAGGAGCUGUGGAUUCCGCUGCCCUGCAGCUGCGACCAGGUGGAUGGCCACAACGUCACGCACUUCGCUUACAAAGUCCGCGCCGUGGACACCACGUCGGCGAUCGCCGCCAAGUUUGGGGUCCUCGAGUCCACGCUAAUGAGGAUCAAUGGGAUAACCGAUCCCAAAAACCUAGUCCAGGGGCAGAUUCUUGAUGUCCCAAUACCUGGUAAUGAUACAAUGGCACGAAUGGCUCGGAAGCAUGAAGGAAAGUCGAGAACAAUUGGCACUAUUCUUGGGAUUACACUGCCAGGAACUGUUGCUAUUUUAGCAGUUUUAUUUUUCUUCCUUCACAUCUGGAGGAGGAGACGAGCAAAAGAGCCACUAUCAUGGUUGAUUAAUCAGGAGGACAUUAAUAUUGAUCUCUCGACUUUGCGAACAGCAACAAAUAACUUUGAUGAACGAAAUAAGCUCGGAGAAGGUGGUUUUGGUGUGGUCUACAAGGGAGCUCUUCCAGAUGGACAACAGAUAGCAGUGAAGAGGCUCUCAAAUUGUUCAAGGCAAGGAAUAAAUGAACUGAAAAAUGAGCUAGUUUUGGUUAGCAAGCUUCAACACAAAAAUCUUGUGAGACUUGUUGGUGUUUGUGUGGAAAACCAAGAAAAGUUGCUCGUGUAUGAGUACAUGCCCAAAAGAAGCUUGGAUACCAUCCUUUUCGAUCCGGAUAAAAGCAGGGAAUUAAGUUGGGAGAAGAGAUUGAAAAUCAUAAUUGAAAUUGCUCGAGGUUUAGAGUACCUGCAUGAAGAGUCUAGAUUGAAGAUCAUCCACCGCGAUCUCAAGGCAAAUAACAUUCUAUUAGACUCCGAUUUGACUCCAAAGAUUUCAGACUUUGGAUUGGCAAAGUUAUUUGGAGCAGAUCAAUCUCAUGUUAUCACAAAUCGAGUAGCUGGGACAUAUGGAUAUAUGGCACCUGAAUACGCAAUGUUUGGACAAUAUUCCGUCAAGUCUGAUGUAUUCAGCUUUGGUGUUCUUAUUCUAGAGAUUGUCACAGGAAGAAGAAGCAUGGGCUCAUACAGUGAUCAUGAGCAAUCUUUCAACCUCUUAGACCUUAUUUGGCAGCACUGGAACAGGGGAACACUUCUAGAGCUGGUGGAUCCGUCGACACUGACCAGAGCUGGCCAUGGCACCACCAACCAGUGCUCUCUCCAGGCUGACCAGAUGCUGGGGUGCAUCCAUGUCGGCCUACUCUGCGUGCAGGCGAACCCCGCCGACCGCCCGAAGCUGUCGGCGGUGACCACGAUGAUCGGCGGCACGGCGUCGCUCAACCCUCCGUCGAGGCCGGCGUUCUGGGUACUCCCGGAGGAGGAUGCGACGCGGGCAGCCGGCACCAAUUCUUCGCCAGGCGGCAGGGUGAUGGCCGCGUCGGCCAACCGUGUCUCCAUCACCGAAAUCGAGCCAAGAUAGGUUACUUGAUAAUAUAACAGAACGAAUUACUAUAUAUUCGUCGAUAAAUUGUUCUAAAAAGUUAUGAAAUAUAAAUACAAUAUAAAAAUGUAUUAUUAUGCUAUAAUUUUAUGUAAUUAUCUUUCAAAAAA